AUGGCUCGGGCCCCCAGCUUUAGAGGGCCACUUCUGCUACUGCUCCUGCAGCUUGUCUUUAUUUGCUCUGCUCAAAGGAGCGAAGGACCUUCUGGCCCUCCCGGACCUGCAGGUGUCCCAGGAAUUGAUGGCGUUGCUGGGGAAAGGGGAGCAGAUGGCGAGGAUGGUCCUCCUGGACCUGAUGGAGAUGCAGGCAAACCCGGCUCUUCAGGAUUACCUGGAAUUCCUGGAAAUGAUGGUUUGACCGGGCCAAUUGGAGAUCCUGGGCCUGACGGUCCCCCCGGACAGAAAGGUGAACCUGGAAAACCUGGACCUCGUGGGGCAGCUGGUGUUGGGCCAGAUGGAACCACCGGACCGCCCGGGCCUGGAGGACUUCCAGGUGAAGUGGGAAAAGUUGGACAACCUGGGGCCAUGGGUGUGAGAGGGCCACAGGGACCUAAUGGACCAACAGGGCCCAGAGGUGCAGCUGGAAUGCUUGGCAAUGCUGAUCUGUGUCCAAACUCCUGUCCACCUGGAACCCCUGGACAUCCUGGCCUUCCUGGCAUGAAGGGCCACAAAGGUGUAAAAGGUGAAGCAGGAGAACCAGGGAAACAAGGGCACAAGGGUGAGGAGGGAGACCAGGGAAGUAUAGGAGACGUUGGAUCCCAAGGACCAAUGGGCCCUCAGGGAAUUCGGGGAGCCAUGGGAAUGAUGGGCCCUAAGGGAGAGAUGGGAGCUCGGGGUCCUGAUGGAGAUCCAGGUCCUCAGGGUGUCGCGGGGGCAACUGGCGAUCAAGGCCAGAGAGGUGUGAUGGGCGAGCUUGGGCCUAAAGGGGAAACGGGUAUUCAAGGGCAAAGAGGAAUCACAGGCCUGCCAGGUCCCAAGGGAGAGCCUGGCUUACCAGGUGUGGAUGGGCGCGAGGGUAUUCCGGGGAUGCCAGGAACAAAGGGAGGCCUUGGGAAGCCAGGUGCUCCGGGGGAGGUUGGACUUCAGGGGCUUCCUGGUUUGCCUGGUGCACCUGGACAAAAAGGCUCGAGUGGCCCUAAGGGAGACGCAGGUCAAUCAGGCCUCCCUGGAACAAUGGGACCUGCCGGCAAAUCAGGUGAGCGCGGAGAACAGGGAGAGGUGGGACCUGUUGGACCGAUCGGUUAUCCUGGAGACACAGGAGAGCACGGCCCUGUAGGUCCAGCUGGCAAGCCAGGUUCCAGGGGACCCAAAGGUGACCCCGGCCUUCCUGGUCUCCCUGGUCCUCCUGGCCUUCCUGGGGUGAAAGGAGAGCGGGGAGAACGUGGUGAAGCCGGACCCAAAGGAGAGCAGGGAACACAAGGUGAUGAGGGGAACCCUGGCGACAAAGGGGAUGUUGGUGAACAAGGAGAACCUGGACCUAAAGGAGCGGGUAAAGAGCCAAGUGAUCAACACAUCAAACAAGUUUGUAUGCGAGUCAUGCAAGAACAGCUGGCCCAGCUAGCAGCUAGUUUAAGGAGGCCAGAGUCUGGCGUAGCUGGUUUACCUGGAAAACCCGGACCUCCAGGGCCUCCUGGGCCUCCAGGAGACAAUGGCUUCCCUGGGCAAGCUGGAGCAAGAGGCCUUCCAGGACUCAAAGGGCCACCAGGACCUUUGGGAACAAAAGGACCUAAAGGUGAAAUGGGAGACAGAGGCUCCAGAGGGCCAACUACACGAGGACCUAAAGGUCAGCCAGGACCUCCUGGACUUCCUGGUGAGCCAGGAAAACCUGGCUACGGGCAGGAUGGUCGGGACGGGCAGAGGGGACCUCCUGGCGUUCCUGGACAGCCCGGUGUGCCUGGGCCUCCUGGUGCAGCUGGUCCUAACGGUUACUGUGACCCAUCAGCCUGCAACCUCCAGCCAGGGAUCAUCCAACAGGAUGUGAAGGGACCUGCAGGGAACUAAGAGCCACUCUGGCAGAGACAGAAAGACUGUUGGAUUAUCUCCCCUGAGCACACAACAUUUUCCACACUUUCUUCCCAUGGGUUGGGAUUGGUGUGCCACCUUUGAUCCAUUAACCUCUAGUCUUGUGAGCAUGUUUUGUGCCAGCCACAUCUCCAUCAGAAGAAGCCAGAAAUGAAAAAAUAAACAAAAACAAAAGAAAACAUUGUUUUUUAUGCGCUGCAAAAAUCGCUGCUUGUUCUGGUGUAUUUUUCUACCUGAGAGAUGUUUUGAAA